UCCGCCACCUCUAGUGAAAAGAAGAAAAAUAGUGCAAGCAUUGAAAAUUGUUACAAAACUGAAUUAAAUUGGUUACAAGUGAAGAUUACUGCACCCAUUGGCUACACCGAAAAUAUAAUGCUAAAAAGUUUUAGAUAAGGGACUGUAAUCAACUUUGAUUUGCGAUGGGCGAUGUCGACCCCGAGACGCUGUUGGAAUGGUUGUCCAUGGGACAAGGAGACGAGAGAGACAUGCAAUUGAUUGCACUGGAGCAGCUGUGCAUGCUGCUCUUGAUGUCUGAUAAUGUAGAUCGGUGCUUCGAAAGUUGUCCUCCUCGCACAUUUUUGCCAGCACUGUGCAAGAUAUUCCUGGAUGAGUUCGCCCCCGAAAAUGUGCUCGAGGUUACGGCGCGAGCAAUCACCUAUUACCUGGACGUGUCGGCCGAGUGCACCAGGCGGAUUGUUUCGAUCGACGGUGCCAUUAAGGCUAUUUGCAAUCACUUGGUGGUUACGGACCUAUCGUCGCGAACCUCCCGCGACUUGGCCGAGCAAUGUAUCAAGGUAUUGGAGCUUAUUUGCACCCGGGAGGCAGGUGCCGUCUUCGAGGGUGGCGGCCUCAACUGCGUCCUGAAAUUCAUUCGCGACUGUGGAUCGCAGGUGCACAAGGACACCCUGCACUCGUCGAUGUCGGUGGUAUCGCGCCUGUGCACCAAAGUGGAGCCAAACACCCCCUGCAUCCAGAACUGCGUCGAGAGCUUGAGCACUCUGCUACAGCACGAGGACACAAUGGUGUCUGAUGGGGCGCUCAAGUGUUUUGCCUCCGUGGCGGAUCGUUUCACGCGAAAGUGGGUGGACCCAGCCCCGCUGGCUGAGUACGGCUUGACCACUGAACUAUUGAAUCGGCUGAGAAGUGUAGGAGGGAACGCCCACACGUCGGCGAACACCAGCUUGCCCGGUGACGCAACAAACGAGAACUUGGCUGGAGCGGCAGCCGCUACCAACGCCAACAAAGUGAAGACAUCUGAAGCAGCUGCAUCCCCGCAAUCAAUAUCCACCACCAUUUCGCUGUUGUCCACAUUGUGCCGCGGCUCUCCAUCGAUCACCAACGACAUUUUGCGAUCGCAGUUGGCCGACGCCAUUGAACGAGCUUUGCAGGGCGACGAGCGGUGUGUGUUGGAUUGCAUGCGAUUUGCGGAUCUCCUGCUGUUGCUACUCUUCGAGGGUCGACAAGCCCUGAACCGCGGAAGCAGCAAUCCCAAUCAAGGACAGCUGGCGCCACGCCCCAGGCGCAACAACACCAACACCGAUAGGACGCAUCGUCAGCUUAUCGAUUGCAUUCGCUCCAAAGACUCCGAGGCUUUGCGGGAGGCCAUUGAAACUGGCGGAAUUGACGUCAACUGCAUGGACGACGUGGGCCAAACUCUUCUCAACUGGGCCUCGGCGUUUGGUACUCUGGAAAUGGUAGAGUAUCUGUGCGAGAAGGGUGCCGAUGUUAAUAAGGGCCAGCGCAGCUCGUCGCUGCAUUAUGCCGCCUGCUUUGGUCGUCCGGCCAUUGCAAAGAUCCUUCUCAAGUUCGGAGCCUACCCGGAUCUUCGGGAUGAGGAUGGCAAAACACCAUUGGACAAGGCACGCGAACGGCUCGACGAUGGGCAUAGGGAAGUGGCAGCCAUUCUGCAGUCGCCGGGGGAGUGGAUGUCCCCAGAUCACUCGCUGCUUAACAAGGAUGGCAAAAAGUACACCUUGAUGGAGCCCCGAGGGGAUCCUGAAAUGGCGCCCAUUUAUUUAAAACUGCUCUUGCCCAUAUUCUGUCGUACGUUCCUGGGCUCCAUGCUGGGGAGCGUGCGGCGAGCCAGUCUGGCUUUAAUCAAAAAGAUCGUACAGUACGCGUAUCCCACGGUGCUCCAGAGUCUGAGUGAAUCCGGUUACAGCGAAGAUGCUGCCUCAACAUCGGCCCACAACGGCGGCAACUUGCUUAUCGAGGUAGUCGCCAGUGUCCUGGACAAUGAGGACGAUGACGAUGGUCAUUUAAUUGUUUUAAACAUAAUCGAGGAAAUCAUGUGUAAGACACAAGAGGAAUUCCUGGACCAUUUUGCCAGGCUGGGAGUGUUUGCAAAGGUCCAAGCUCUGAUGGACACUGAUGCUGAAGAGGUGUAUGCCCAAGGUAGCCAGGAUGAGUCAUCUCCUACAAUAAGAUCUUCGACCAGUGCUGUGGUCGCUCCCAGAUCUACUUCAGAUGAUGCCAUGGAGGACGCAAAGGAAAUACUGCAAGGAAAGCCCUACCAUUGGCGUGAGUGGAGCAUUUGCCGGGGACGCGAUUGCCUUUAUGUCUGGUCAGAUUCAGUGGCACUCGAGCUCUCCAACGGAUCUAACGGAUGGUUCCGUUUCAUCAUCGAUGGAAAACUAGCCACGAUGUAUUCGAGUGGAAGCCCAGAAAAUGGCAAUGACAGUUCCGAAAAUCGAGGAGAGUUUUUGGAAAAACUAAUGCGGGCUCGAUCCUGCGUAAUAACCGGAAUUGUGUCGCAGCCCAUUUUGCCCACUGCUAGUGCUCUACGAUUAGUUGUUGGAAACUGGGUCCUCCAGUCCCACAAAACCAAUCAGCUGCAAAUUCACAACACAGAGGGCCAUCAGGUGACAGUCCUGCAGGAUGAUCUUCCUGGCUUCAUUUUUGAGAGCAACAGGGGUACGAAGCACACCUUUACGGCCGAAACCGUUCUUGGGCCAGAUUUCGCCUCUGGAUGGUCUACGGCGAAGAAGAAGCGCAACAAGUCCAAAACGGAGGGCCAGAAGUUCCAGGUGCGCAACCUGUCGCGUGAAAUAUACAACAAGUACUUCAAAUCGGCUCAGACCAUUCCACGGGGAGCCGUCACCGUGCUAACGGAUAUCGUGAAGCAAAUCGAGAUGUCCUUUGAGGAACAGAACCUGGCUCCUAAUGGUGGCUGGGACACCACCCUGGCCAGCGCACUGACCAAGCUUUCGCAACUUAUUCACGAAGACGGCGUCGUCAGCGCCUACGAGAUGCACUCAUCGGGCCUGGUACAAGCCCUGGUGGCAGUUUUGUCGGUCAAUCCCUGGGAAAGUAAUUCCCCACGCGGCAAGCGAAACAAAAUGCAGAAGCAACGAGUUGCCGUUUUCAGAAAGUGCAUACUGGAGGAUAAUGGCGAAUCGGCAACGAAUAAGCCCAGGACAAAGAGUACUGCUAGUAUUCUUAUACAGAAACUUGUUUCGGUUCUGGAGAGCACCGAGAAGCUGCCGAUCUAUUUGUACGACACGCCGUGCACUGGCUACAGCCUGCAGAUCCUACAAAAGCGACUGCGUUUCCGUUUGGAGCGUGCCGAGUGCGAGAGCACCUUGUUCGACCGCUCGGGUAGGACCCUGAAGAUGGAACCACUGGCAACAGUGGCCCAGCUUUCCAAGUACCUUCUGAAAAUGGUGGCCAAGCAGUGGUACGACUUGGAUCGCUCCACCUACUUUUACUUGAAAAAAAUACGAGACCACAAGCCGGGCACUGUGUUUUCGCAUUCGUUCGAUUUCGACGAAGAAGGAUUGAUUUUCUACAUUGGCUCCAAUGCGAAAACCUGCGAUUGGGUCAAUCCAGCCCAGUACGGACUUGUGCAAGUAACGAGCUCCGAGGGCAAGACAUUGCCGUACGGCAAGCUCGAGGACAUUUUGUCGCGCGACAGUGUCUCACUGAAUUGCCACACGAAGGAUAACAAGAAGGCUUGGUUCGCCAUCGACUUGGGGGUAUACAUUAUUCCCACUGCCUAUACACUGCGUCAUGCCCGUGGCUAUGCAAGGUCGGCUCUAAGGAAUUGGUUACUUCAAGGCUCCAAGGACGGUAUUGUCUGGACCACUCUCAGCACCCAUGUGGACGACAAGAGCCUUGUUGAGCCCGGCAGCACCGCCACUUGGCCCAUCAGUUGUCCGCAGGACGACUCGCUCCGAUAUCGUCACAUUAGGAUCCAGCAGAACGGCCGCAACGCUUCCGGGCAGACCCACUACUUGAGUCUGAGUGGAUUCGAGAUCUAUGGACGCAUUGUUGGAGUGGCUGAUGACAUUGGCAAGAGCGUGAAGGAAGCGGAAGCGAAGAUACGACGCGAGAGACGGCAGAUUCGAGCUCAGCUGAAGCACAUGACCACCGGGGCCAAGGUGAUACGGGGCGUGGACUGGCGCUGGGAGGAUCAGGACGGAUGCGGCGAAGGAACCAUCACAGGGGAAAUUCACAACGGCUGGAUCGAUGUGAAGUGGGACCAUGGCGUGAGGAACUCCUAUCGAAUGGGAGCGGAUGGCAAAUACGACUUGAAGCUGGCAGACUGCGAGUAUCUGUCCAUAUUCGAGGGAAAUCCCACAUCGAUUGGGCCGACUAGUACCACGGCCAAGGUGGGAGACAAAUCCAAUACCCUAACGUCGCGCAAAUCGAGCUCGACGCCAUCGCUGCCCGAAGCGACUGAAAAGACCCAGAACUCUGAGGGGGCCUCCAACCAGACCGUUUCGGCGGACAACCUCGCUUGGAAGCAGGCCGUUGAGACGAUUGCCGAGAACGUGUUCGCCUCGGCCAAGACCCAGAUAAUCUCAAACCAACUGGCUAUGAACUCAUCGUCCUCGAGGGAGAUUCGGAACAAGCACAAGGAGUCUGGGAGCAGCCAAAUGCAUAAGGACAACAUAAGUGGCCCCUCGCCAUUGAGUCGCGACUUGGAGCACAUAUCAGACUUGUCUGCCAUCAACAACUCGAUGCCAGCCAUCAACUCUAGUAUUGUCUCCGACCUGGCCACCAUUUCCGAGAACCUCUCGUUGGCGGAACUGUCCAAAGAGAAUAUUUGCGGAGGCAUUUCGUCGUCCAGCAAGGAGACCACCGUGGCUGCUGGACAGAGCUUGGCCAUGGCCGAUGCCCAGGGUGCUUCGCCGCGGGAGAGCGAUAUCAAGAACAUAUCGAAUAUUGAGGAGAACAACAAGAUGAACGCAAACAACUCGGUGAACAAGACGUCGAAGGAGUUGCUGGCCAAUCUACGGUCAUCGAGUGCUGCUGCCUGCCAGCAAGUCACCCAACUCUCGACCGAGGCCCUGGAAAUGAUCGAUAAAAUGCGCGACGGUGUGGAUAUGAUCCGAAACAAUUCCAACAAUAUCUUAGCCACAGACACCUUCCCCUUGCCGAGCACAAACCCAGCCACAAGCCUUAAAAAGCAUCCUAAGGCCCCAGGAGCAGCGAAUCCCGAAAACGCAAAUGAGAAACAGAUCAUAGCCCCCGGUGAGGACUACCCGGGAAAGAAUACUAAGAAGUCCAGUGUUACAUUGAAGCCAGCACAGCAGCCGAAUGCGGUUCUGUCCAUUGUGGACAUCAAAGACCAACAGAUUUCGGGCGAGAGUGUCUCUGUUCCGAGCCAGAUGAGCAUAAGCGUUCCCAAUUUGACCACGACUUCGGCAUCGGAGGUGCCGUCCACCUCGGAGGUGGCCACUCACACCGGAUUGCUGGAGACAUUUGCGGCGAUUGCUCGCCGUCGCACCUCCCAAGGCACCAACAUACAGGAGAACCAGAUCAUGAACGCUGAUGUGAAUGUGAAUGAGCAUGGCGACCAGAACCCGUCGGGCUCGUUCCUCGGACACUCUGUGACCAGUUUGGUCAAGCUGGCGCUGUCGAGCAACUUCCAUUCUGGGUUGCUUAGCACCGCCCAAAGCUACCCUAGUUUAUCCUCCAAUAACAGCGAAAACAUCACUCCCUCGAAUCCAACAAACACCUCAGCCGGCCAACAGUCCGCAUCGACCAUUAACCAUACCUUGACUAUGAGCUUAACCUCGACAUCAAGCGACAGCGAGCAGGUCUCUUUGGAGGACUUUUUGGAGAGCUGCAGGGCACCGGCGAUGCUGGGAGAUCUGGACGAUGAGGACGACAUCGACGAGGACAACGACGAGGAGGAGAACGAGGAUGAGUAUGAGGAGGUGGGAAAUACUCUGCUGCAAGUGAUGGUUUCCCGGAACCUCCUCACCUUCAUGGACGACGAGGCCCUGGAGAACAGGCUGGUUGGAGUGACCAAGCGGAAGUCGUGGGACGACGAGUUUGUCCUCAAGAGACAGUUUUCGGCACUGAUACCUGCAUUCGACCCGCGACCCGGCCGCACAAAUGUCAACCAAACGUCUGAUCUGGAAAUUCCAGCUAUAGGAGUGGAGCUGCCGAAACCUCAGCAGAGCGGACAUGAGACUAUCGAGCAGCCGUUGCUGGGCCUGAAAUUGCGCGGACCCGGAAUCGGAGGUACGCCCGAAGUCGAAAUCGAUUUGAACAACACGGACUGGACCAUAUUCAGAGCCGUCCAGGAACUGCUCCAGUGCAGCCAGUUGAACAAAGUGGACAAGUUCCGGAAAAUAUGGGAGCCCACAUACACAAUUGUGUACCGGGAAGUAUCGCCUGAGGCCCAGGAGCCCGAGGACUUCCCUCAAACUCCGGAUGUGUCUUCGAAGAGCGGUGCCUCGACCUUGUCCCCCAACUCCCCGAUGCACAUUGGAUUCAACCUGGCGGACAACAACCUGUGCUCCGUCGACGAUGUGCUCGAGCUGCUUACUCAGAUCAAUGCCCUCAAUCAAAGCGAAAUCGACUUAGACGGCAAGGACCAUCCUGGUCCACUUUUAUCCGAAGAUCUCUUCAUCAGCAAGAAGAUAACCAACAAGCUGCAGCAGCAGAUUCAAGAUCCAUUGGUUCUCUCCAGCAACGCCCUGCCCAACUGGUGCGAAAACCUGAACCAGUCCUGCCCGUUCCUCUUUCCCUUCGAGACUCGUCAGCUGUACUUCAACUGCACCUCGUUUGGAGCGUCGCGCAGCAUUGUCUGCUUGCAGUCGCAGCGGGACGUGACGCUGGAGAGGCAACGGGUGCCCAUCAUGAGCCCACGCCGGGAUGACCACGACUUCCGCAUCGGGCGGCUAAAGCACGAGCGUGUUAAGGUACCACGAAAUGAUGAUUUGCUGAAAUGGGCCAUGCAGGUUAUGAAGACGCACUGCAACAGGAAGUCUGUACUCGAGGUGGAGUUCUUGGACGAAGAAGGCACUGGCUUGGGGCCUACCCUGGAGUUCUAUGCCCUCGUAGCUGCCGAGAUCCAACGAUCCGACCUGUGUAUGUGGCUGUGCGACGAUCAACUGGGCGAGGACGCGGAAAGCCCCGAGGAGCCGGUUGAAGGAAGUUCAAAGCCCGUCGGGUACUACGUGAACCGCAGGGAACACGGACUCUUCCCCGCUCCCCUGCCACAGAAUACCGAAGUUUGCGAAAAGGUACUGAAGUACUUCUGGUUCUUUGGCGUUUUUGUUGCGAAAGUCCUGCAAGAUAUGCGCCUAGUGGACAUACCCUUGUCGACAUCGUUUCUCCAGUUGCUCUGCCACAACAAAGUUUUCUCACGUAAUCUCCAAAAAGUUAUUUCGGAUAGACGAAAUGGCGAUCUCUCUGUGGUGUCGGAAGAAUCAGACCUGCUGGACACCUGCACUAAGCUACUGAGAACUGAUUGUAAUAAGUCGAAUAUAUUCGGAGGGAUUCUGUCGUUGGAAAACCUGAAGGAGAUCGACCCAACUCGUUACCAAUUCCUGCACGAGCUGCAGAAUCUAUUGAUGCGCAAACAGUCUAUCGACUUCGACGACAGCUUGAGCGCCGAAAAGAAACAGGAACUAAUCAACGAGCUUAAGCUCCGAACUCAGAAUGGAUUGGAGGUAUCGCUGGAGGACCUGGCCCUUACGUUCACGUAUCUGCCGAGCUCCUCUGUUUAUGGCUACACCCAGGCCGAGCUGAUGCCGAACGGAUCAGCCGUCAACGUUGAUAUAAACAACCUAGAAGCAUAUUGUGAAUUGCUUAUGAAUUUCAUUUUGCAAGACGGAAUUGCUCAACAGAUGAAAGCAUUCAGUGAUGGGUUCAACGAAGUAUUCCCCCUCAAGAAACUGGCAGCAUUUACGCCCGCAGAAGCCCGCAUGAUGAUUUGUGGCGAGCAGUUCCCGCAUUGGAGCCGAGAAGACAUUAUAUCCUAUACAGAACCAAAACUUGGCUAUAACAAAGACAGCCCCGGUUUUCUACGCUUUGUUAACGUUUUAUUAAGCAUGACGGGAGACGAGAGAAAGGCUUUCCUGCAAUUCACAACUGGCUGCAGUAGCUUACCGCCGGGAGGACUCGCCAACUUACAUCCCAGACUGACAGUCGUUCGGAAAGUGGAUGCUGGCGUCGGAAGCUAUCCAUCGGUGAACACCUGUGUCCACUAUUUAAAGCUUCCAGACUAUCCAACUGAAGAAAUAAUGAAGGAACGCCUGUUAACAGCAACUAAAGAAAAGGGGUUUCACUUAAAUUAAAAAAUUUAUUGUACUCAAUAUUCAAGUUAAUAAAAUUUGAGCCUUUUGUUAUUUAAAACACCUACUCUUUUAGCACGUCUUAAGCGAAUCUGUAAAUACGAAAACUGUUUAAACUCUAUAUUUUUUAUAUUAGUUAAGAUUUUUAAAAUAGGUAACCAAUAUUGUCGGUUCCAUUGUUUCAAUAAUAAGUAUACAACAAAAUAUAUGGGUUACUAUAUAAACAAAGCCCAUACUUUUCUCACAAGCAUACAAUAAAUUAGCUAUUCUUUUGGCAAA